AUGUUUGAUCCCAAUUUGAUGCCCAACUUGAAUAGACGCCGCCGUGCUGAAAUUCAGAUACCCUCUCGGAAAUUCUGGAUUCAUUUGUAUAUAAUUCUCUCUGGGUACUUUUGCGAUUUGAGUGUUACUUUGGCAAGCCGUACUUUUUUGAUUGGAGAAGAUGUAUCAGCAGUGUCCAAUGAGAAUGCAGGUAUUGCAUUGGCAAACCAUACAUUGUCGAUUGGGCAGGAGUUCCCAGAUGUCGACACUUGUAGGAGGACAUUAAAAGAUAUAGCUAUUGCUAUGCAUUUUGAGAUUAGGAUAGUAAAAUCCGAUAGGAGUAGGUUCAUAGCCAAGUGCUCCAAAGACGGUUGUCCAUGGCGUGUCCAUGUGGCUAAAUGCCCUGGAGUUUCCACAUUUACCAUUAGGACACUUCAUGGGGAGCACACAUGCGAAGGUGUUCAGAACCUCCACCAUCAGCAGGCAUCUGUGGGUUGGGUUGCACGGUCCGUGGAAACACGCAUUAGGGAUAAUCUGCAGUAUAAGCCAAAGGAGAUUUUGCAAGACAUUCGGGAUCAACAUGGGGUUGCCUUGUCUUAUAUGCAGGCAUGGAGGGGAAAGGAGCGUAGUAUGGCUGCACUGCAUGGGACUUAUGAGGAAGGAUAUAACCUUCUUCCUGCGUAUUGUGAACAGAUAAGGAAGACUAAUCCUGGUAGCAUUGCCUCAGUUGUUGCCACUGGACAAGAUAAUUGCUUUCAGCGACUUUUUAUUUCAUAUCGUGCUGCAAUUUAUGGGUUCAUAAAUGCUUGUCGGCCACUUUUGGAACUGGAGAGGGUUCAUCUCAAAGGAAAGUACCUGGGAACGUUGCUUUGUGUUGCUGCUGUUGAUGCUGAUGAUGCGCUGUUUCCAUUGGCCAUAGCUGCUGUUGAUGUGGAGAGCGAUGAGAAUUGGAUGUGGUUCAUGUCAGAGCUGCGGAAGCUUCUUGGAGUAAAUACUGACAGUAUGCCUAGACUCACUAUUAUUUCUGAGAGAACGAUCGGUAUGGUGGAAGCAGUCGAGACACAUUUCCCUAAUGCAUUUCAUGGUUUCUGUCUACGAUACAUCAGUGAGAAUUUUCGGGAUACAUUUAAGAACUCAAAGCUGGUAAAUAUAUUUUGGAAUGCUGUUUAUGCACUUACAUCAGCUGAAUUUGAAAGUAAGAUCUCUGAGAUGGUUCAGAUUUCACAAGAUAUUCUUCCGUGGUUUGACCAUUUCAACCCCCAGCUGUGGGCUGUGGCAUACUUUGAGGGGGUUCGUUAUGGUCAUUUUACAUUGGGGAUCACAGAAUUUUUGUAUAAUUGGGUAUUGGAAUGCCACGAGCUUCCUAUCGUACAAAUGAUGGAGCAUAUCCGCCAUCAAUUAACGUCAUGGUUCAUUGAUCGCAGAAAUAUGAGCAUGAGAAUGACUUCAAUACUUGUUCCGUCUGCGGAGAAGCGGAUUUCAGAGGCAAUCACUGAUGCUCGCUGUUACAAAGUACUUCGUGCAAAUGAAGUUGAAUUUGAGAUUGUCUCGACUGAGCGGACUAACAUUGUGGAUAUAAGGAGUCGAAUCUGCUCAUGUCACCGUUGGCAACUCUAUGGUCUCCCAUGUGCACAUGCUGCUGCUGCACUCACCUCUUGUGGGCAAAAUGCCCAUUUAUUUGCGGAGCACUGUUUCACUGUGCACAGUUACUGUGAGACCUAUUCACAGCUGAUAUAUCCCAUCCCCGAUAAAAGCCUUUGGAAGGAGCCUGGUGAAGGAACUGAUGGUGGAGGUGCAAAAGUUGAUAUCACAAUUCGUCCACCUAAAAUUCGUAGGCCUCCAGGAAGACCCAAAAAAAAAGUUCUUCGCAUGGAGAGUUUAAAACGCCCGAAGAGAGUCGUUCAAUGUGGUCGCUGCCAUAUGCUAGGACAUUCUCAAAAGAAAUGCACAUUGCCAAUUUGA